AUGGAUUCGGACAUAGCCUUGAGCUACUCCGUUACAACUCUGACAUUGUUGUUCCUCAUAAUCGGUCUAGUGCUGAAUGCGGUCGCCUUGGUGGUGUUUUAUGAUGUGCCUAAGUUGCUGAGAUCAACCAUCAACACUCUGGUCAGGAACCUUUUCGUGGUUCAUUUAUGGACCGUGUUAGUUUUAGGGCCACUGGUUUCGUUCGAUUGUCAGGCUCAUACACAGCAAAGGCUUGGAAGGAACAACUUCUCUGCUUUUGAGACGUAUCCGUCCACUUGUUCUCUCUUCUGUACUUCGGUGCGCUUCCUGCGAGAGUUCUUCACGACCAGCGUCUCCGCCAUCCUGUGGAUCAUGGUGCUCGAUCGCACCAUGACGAUCGUUCUUCCGAAGAGUCCGAGUACCCUGUACUUAAAACGAAACCCGACCCUGUGCACGCUCGUGGCGUGCCUGUUGGCGGCUGUGGGUCAAGCUCACAGCUUCUUCGGUCUUUUUUUCGAGGAGGGAUCGCGAGUGUGUGAGGUGGCGCUCCACCAGACGUUAUGGAGUUACCUUCCGGAGUCAUUCUUCUUGACCCAAGUCAGUGCUCUCGUCCUUGUGUCUUUGAUUCUUUUGAUCAAACUGCGGUCAGCACCUCCGAAGUACGCCACGGGCUCCAUGAAACGCAUUGUGCUUCUCGUUGUGAUUCUGAUCGCUUCCUACAUCAUGUGCACGACGCCGCAGAAGAUGUCACGAUUCCUCCGCGACAGCGCCGUGCAACCCAAAAUUUUGGAAACUAUGAGCUUGAUGUCGAUUUUCGCCCAUCCGUUGAUCUACUACAUGAUCAGCGUAAACUUUCGUAAAGCGUUGAGACGAAGCAUUCGUCGAAGGGCUUCUGCGCUCACCAGUCGGCACGCUUCACGCAGCCCUGAAAACGUGAACGCGGCUCUCAGCGUGACAGCUUUCUCUAUAACAUCGGAAACGACUGCGCGACAAUCGAGCUCCAACACCCACAGGGGGGUCGCAUGUGCUUGUGAGAAGUGA